UGCUAUCAGUGUAAUAGCCGUUAGAGGGCGCUAUUUCGGUCCUUUUCGUUAGAAAACGCCAGCUACCAAGGAAAGGGUGGCUCCACCAAGAUUCUGGAGGAAAAAAAAUUGCUAGUUGGCUAGGAGUCGCCGCUCGGAUCAAUCCAUUACUCGUCCUAUUUGAAGACCCCGGGGAAAAGUCGAUACGUUUCUGAAACGGUGGUGUUGAUAGGUGAUGCUGGGAGUAGUAGAAAUGACGGGCAGCAACAUGGCGAACGCCCUGGCAAACGCGUCGUGCGAGCGCUGUAAGAGCGGCUUCGCCCCGGCAGAGAAGAUCGUCAACAGCAACGGGGAGCUGUACCACGAGGGCUGCUUCGUCUGUGCACAGUGCUUCCAGCAGUUCCCCGAGGGGCUCUUCUAUGAGUUUGAAGGCAGGAAAUACUGUGAACAUGACUUUCAGAUGCUCUUCGCUCCCUGCUGCCACCAGUGUGGGGAGUUCAUCAUUGGCCGUGUCAUCAAGGCCAUGAACAACAGCUGGCAUCCUGAUUGUUUCUGCUGUGAUAUCUGCCAGGCUGUGCUCGCUGACGUCGGCUUCGUCAAGAACGCUGGCAGGCACCUAUGUCGGCCCUGCCAUAACCGUGAGAAGGCUCGAGGUCUGGGGAAGUACAUCUGUCAGAAAUGCCAUGCCAUCAUCGAGGAUAGCCCCCUCAUCUUUAAGAACGACCCCUACCACCCCGACCACUUCAACUGCAACAACUGUGGUAAGGAGCUGACAGCAGAUGCCAGGGAGCUGAAGGGAGAGCUGUACUGUCUUCCCUGCCAUGAUAAGAUGGGGGUGCCGAUCUGUGGCGCCUGCAGAAGGCCCAUCGAGGGACGCGUGGUCAACGCCAUGGGCAAGCAGUGGCACGUCGAGCAUUUUGUGUGUGCUAAGUGUGAGAAGCCGUUCCUUGGACACCGCCACUAUGAGAGGAAGGGUUUGGCCUACUGUGAGACCCACUACAACCAGCUCUUUGGUGAUGUGUGCUACCACUGCAACAGAGUGAUUGAAGGAGACGUGGUGUCAGCCCUGAACAAAGCAUGGUGUGUGAACUGCUUCUCCUGCGCCACCUGCAACACCAAGCUCACCCUCAAAGACAAGUUUGUAGAGGUAGAUCUGAAGCCUGUAUGUAAGCACUGUUACGAGCGGAUGCCUGAGGAGCUGAAACGCAGACUGGCCCGACGCGAGAGGGACGCCUCAAAAGACCGCAAAAAGAAACCUGUUAUCUGUCUGAACAAGUUUGUGGAGUUUGACAUGAAGCCUGUGUGUAAGAAAUGUUAUGAGAAGUUUCCUCUGGAACUGAAGAAGAGACUGAAGAAACUGGCUGAGACUGUCGGACGCAAGUAGACCUCCGAGUACCAAGGGGGCGACACUGAACAAAAUGUCCAGUAGCUUUCCCAAAGUUCCAGAAACUCUGGAAAAUUCCCUGGCUCUUCGGAUGUCCUGCUUAUUCCCUAUUGAUUCUGGGGAUCUUCCAUUUCUGGGUUUCUAGAAACCUGGGAUUUUCAGAAAGUUACUGGAGGUUUGCAGCCCGACGAGCAACGCUGAAACCGAUAUUAACCUUAACAAGUGCCCAAAUGAAUCGUAUAAAUGUGUCAGACUCAAAAUACUGUCUGUUCCAGUAUUUUAGUCUUUGAUGUCCUCGGGUACUCAGUAUAACGUGUUAAUCUUUUCUCACUUUUUAAUUGAUUAUUUUUGUGCAAGUGGCUUUUUGCAUGUGGAGCUGUUUUCCAGAUGUCCAGAGUCUUAUUCAAACAAUAUAGAACCUCAUUCUGCCUGACAAUGACCUAUGAAAGCAUGGAGGGGAAAAAACAAUGGGUGAAAUGCAUUUAGAUAUUGUUAAGAAAUAAUACAUAAAACUGUCUGAUCUAGUUUGGCCACGAGCGGACCAAAUGAACAGCAUUAUAAAGGGUUAAUGAUAUCUAACAAAAUACUUGCACACUGUCUUAAAGAGAUGAGAAGGUGCUUGUAGUACUCUUAAAAUAGCUUUUGUCUUGUGCCUUGGGUAUGAAUAUACACUGAGUAUACAAAAUAUUUCCAUGACAUAGACGGAUCAGGUGAAAGCUAUGAUCCCUUAUUGACGUCUCUUCAAUCAGUAGAUGACAGAUUUAAAGAAAGAUUUUUAACUCAGUACAAGUACUAAUGUUUGGUAAGCUCAGUGUAUAUUUUACACUGCAUUAUAUACUGUAAGUGUGUCAGAUAAUAUGCAUGUGGUUGUCCAAUAUACUGGCAUGUGAUCCAGACUUACUACUGCCUUAAUUAGAGAAUAUUCCUCACUUCUGUGUAAGAAUGAGAAUUCUAGCUGUGUAUCAGAACGUGGAGCCAAUGAGUCUGGUAUGUCAUCUAUGAGUCUGGUAUAUCAUGUGUGAAUCUGAUAUAUCAUGUGUGAGUCUGGUAUAUCGUGUAUCCUAACAUUUGCUUGUAAUAAAAUAAAAUGUCAUGGGUUUGUUUGAA